GUCAUCCAAGAUAGACUAGGGUGUCUAAAUAACAAAGGAAUUGAAAAACAUACCUGGGGGCUUGUUUUGCAGCUGUUUAAGCUUAUGAUUCAUACAUGUAGAGGAGGUUACGGCGUGUGGUCGGCAGAAUGGAUGCUCUUGCUAUACUUGAAUUUGCACAAGACGAACGAGAGGAGCAUGAAAAUGAAAUUCAGAGAAGACGCAUGAGGGUGUUCAGGGACAGAGAAAAUCCUUUAGAGGAACUGUCAGACCCGAAGUUCUUGAGGCGCUUUCGAAUUUCUAAAGAAACAUUUCGAUGGCUACUCGAUCUCAUCAGUGAAGACCUACGUCGGCCAACUCGGCGAAACCAAGCACUUACACCACUUUUGCAACUGGCGAUUGCUCUUCGUUUUUAUGCAAAUGGUGCAUUUCAACAUGUCACUGGAGAUACCUGUGGUGUGUCACAAUGGGCCUGCGGCGAAGCUAUCCAUCGAGUCACAAGGGAAAUAUGUGAUAGAAAGGGAAAUUUUAUAACUUUUCCCGAAACCCAGGCGGAACGACUAAGGGUGCAGCAAGGAUUCCGCGAUAUUGCGCAAUUCCCAGGUGUAAUUGGUGCUCUCGAUGGUUCGCACGUUCCCAUCGCAAACCCAAGAGGAAUUAAUGCCCAGCGUUUCAUGAAUCGAAAGGGUUACUAUAGCCUGAACUGCCAACUUGUUUGUGACCAUGAGUUAUGCUUCACCAAUGUCGUCUCCAGAUGGUACGGCUCUGCGCACGAUUCCAGAAUCUUUGAGGAAUCACGACUUUGCCAAAGAUUCAGAGCAGGAGAGCUCCAGGGUAUUUUGCUGGGUGACCCAGCAUACACGUGCACCAGAUAUAUGUUGACUCCGGUUCGUGAACCAAGAAACGUUGCAGAGCGGAAUUACAUUCAAGCCCAAAGGAGGACAAGAGGGGUCAUCGAGAGAGCGUUUGGGGUUUGGAAAAGACGAUUCCACGCUGUUGGUAGGGGAAAUACCCUUCGAUGUUCAUUGCAGCACAAUAUGGCCAUAAUCAUCGCUACAGCAUGUCUCCACACCUUGGCCAUUCGCAGAAACGAUCCACUUCCAGAUGAUUAUCAUGGUGAUGCCAAUACUGAUGCGCCGAGAGCCAGCAGAGGAAGCGCAUCAUCAUGAAGCUAACCUACGAGGCAACUUAUUUCGCCAAAGAUUCAUAAGACAACA